AUCUCGUGACUUCGUCACGUGAUCUGUCGCAGCUUGACGUUCGGGCAGCUGACUGUGAGCUCAGUAGAGAAGAUCGUCGGUUCUGAUCCAGGUUCCGCUCCGGUACGCGACAUGGCAAGCCAGUCUCAGGGGAUCCAGCAGCUGCUGCAGGCGGAGAAGAGAGCGGCCGAGAAGGUGGCCGAGGCCCGCAAACGGAAGAACCGCCGCCUGAAACAGGCCAAAGAAGAAGCUCAAGCUGAGAUCGAGCAGUACCGACUCCAGCGGGACAAGGAGUUCAAGACCAAGGAAGCUGCGGCCCUGGGGUCUCAUGGCAACAGUGCUGUGGAGGUGGAUCGGGACACGGCGGAGAGAAUGGGUCGCAUCCAGAAGAGUUACCACGGCAACAAGGAGGCGGUGCUCGGAGACCUGCUGCGCCGUGUGUGCGACAUCCAGCCCGAGUUUCACGCCAACUACCGAGUGGCCGGCUGAGGCAGCGGACCGUGCUGCCCGCUAGUUCACAUGUUGUGAUGUGGUUUAGCUGUUCUCCUAUUUAUUCACCACUCGCGUCCUGUGCUGUUGACCCGUUGAAACAGUGUGUGCAAUGUGAUCAUGUGACCUGCCCUUGUCUGUGAUGAUAUCAUGAGAAUAAAAGGUUCGUGUGUGACGUCCUCA